AUGAAUAAUGACUUUCAUCAUAAUACAAGUUAUACACCGAAAGAAACUGAUACAACAUAUGAGUUAGAUGAUGUUGAGGAGAUUGUAAAUGUAAUCGAAGAGGAUAUGCAAGAUUCUCCUCAGAUGUUUGAUAGGUUGACAACAGAUGCAAAGACACCAUUGUAUAAUGGUUGUACUAGUUUCACAAGACUAUCAGCAGUCUUGAAAUUAUUCAAUUUGAAAGCACGAAAUGGAUGGUCUGAUACUAGCUUUACUGAAUUACUAUCACUUAUAAAAGAUAUGCUACCACAAGAUAAUGUGCUUCCUAGUCGAAUGUAUGACACUAGAAAAAUAUUAAGCUCUAUUGGGAUGAGCUACGAGAAGAUUCAUGCUUGUCCAAAUGAUUGCAUUCUUUUUCGAAAUGAAUAUGCCCCAUUGGAUAAAUGUCCUAAAUGUAUGACAUCGCGGUAUAAGAAAAAUUUAGUGCCGAGCAAAGUGGUAUGGUAUUUUCCUAUAAUACCAAGAUUUAGGCGCAUGUAUCGUAAUGAACAAGAUGCAAAGAACUUAAGAUGGCAUGCAGAUGAAAGAAUACGUGAUGGAAAGCUUCGGCACCCUGCAGAUUCUCCUCAAUGGGCAAAAGUUGACCAUGAUUACCCUAAUUUUGGGAAAGAACCACGAAACCUACGUCUUGCUUUGUCUACUGAUGGAAUAAAUCCGCAUGGUAUGCAAAGCAACUCGCAUAGCACAUGGCCUGUGGUUAUGAUUAUAUAUAACCUACCUCCAUGGGUAUGCAUGAAAAGGAAGUUCAUGAUGUUGUCCAUGUUAAUUCCAGGUCCAAAACAACCAGGGAAUGACAUAGACAUAUACUUGGCACCUCUUAUUGAAGACUUGAAGGAUAUGUGGAAUGAAGGUGUAGAGGUGUAUGAUGGGUAUACGGAAGAAAGUUUCCUGCUAAGGGCAAUGUUGUUUGGCACAAUUAAUGAUUUUCCGGCAUAUGGUAAUCUAUCUGGAUAUAGUAUCAAAGGGAAGUGUGCAUGCCCUAUAUGUGAAGAUAAUACAGAUUGGGUGCGAUUGGAACAUGGUAAGAAAAAUGUAUUUCUCGGGCAUCGCAGAUUCUUACCUUCAAAGCACCGUUAUCGAGGAUGGAAAAAAGCAUUUAAUGGGACGACAGAAGAACGUAGAGCUCCAAAAUUGUUGUAUGGUGAUAAAGUUUUUGAAAAAGUAAAGGAUAUAAACAACAAAUUUGGUAAGCCUUUUGCAAGAGAUCUAGUCACAAGUGGGUGGAAGAAAAAGUCUAUAUUUUUUGAUUUGCCAUAUUGGAAGUCCUUGUACGUUAGACAUUUCCUUGAUGUGAUGCAUAUCGAAAAAAAUGUAUUUGAUAGUGUCAUAGGUACGUUGUUGAACGUUCCUGGAAAGUCUAAGGAUGGCAUCAAAGCAAGGUUAGACUUAGUUCAAAUGGGAAUUCGAACAGAAUUGGCACCAAUAAAGAAAGGUAAACGUCAAUAUCUACCUCCAGCAGCUUAUACUCUAUCUAGAAAGGAAAAAAUUGUGUUUUGUAAGUUUCUACAAGGAGUUAAAGUACCAGAAGGGUAUUCAUCAAACAUUAGGAACUUAGUAUCUAUGAAAGAUCUAAAGCUAAUAGGGUUAAAGUCUCAUGACUGUCAUGUUAUGAUGGAGCAUUUAUUACCGAUAGGCAUACGUUCCAUUUUGCCUAAAAAGGUAAGAUGGACCAUAACUAAACUAUGUUAUUUCUUUAGAGCCAUAUGUAGCAAAGUGAUUGACACUGGAAAAUUGCAAGCACUAGAAAGAGAAAUUAUUGUAACUUUGUGUGAGCUUGAAAUGUAUUUUCCACCUUCUUUCUUUGACAUAAUGGUUCAUGUCACCAUUCACUUAGUUAAGGAGACACAAUAUUGUGGACCGGCUUAUAUGAGAUGGAUGUAUCCAAUGGAGCGGUAUAUGAAGAUAUUAAAGGGUUAUGUGAAAAAUAGAAGUCGACCAGAAGGAUGUAUAGUGGAACGAUAUAUACUUGAAGAAGCUAUUGAAUUUUGUAUUGAUUACCUCUCUAAUGUUGAAUCAAUAGGACUUCCAAAUUUUCGACACUUAGCGAGAACCACAGGAGAAGGGAUUUCUGGAAAUACCAUAGUGACCAUAAGCAGGAAAGAUUGGGAGCAAGCUCAAUUGUAUAUCCUACACAAUGACGAUGAAGUUGAGCCAUAUGUUGAGAGACACAAAGACAUGAUUACAAAAUUAAAUCCAACUAGGACUGACCAGUGGAUAUGUAGAGAACACAAUGCAACUUUUAUACAAUGGCUAAAAAGUCACAUUUUUGCAGAGUUAAAUGUGAAAUCCUCUUUAAUUUCUGAUAGAUUGAGAUGGUUAGCCAAUGGUCCAAAUUUUCAAGUCUUCUCUUACACUGGUUAUAUGAUUAAUGGGUGCACAUUUUACACUAAAGACCGAGAUGAUCAAAGUACUAUGCAAAAUAGUGGUGUAACUUUGGUGGCUGAAUCUAUGCACAUCUCAUGUGCUAAAGAUAGAAGUCCUAUAUAUGAAAAUAUGUCGUAUUUUGGGGUAAUUGAACAUAUAUGUGAGUUGGAUUACACCAUAUUCCGGGUACCUAUAUUUGGUUGCAAGUGGGUUGAUAAUAAUAAUGGAGUUCGACAAGAUGAAACAGGAUUUAUGCAAGUGAAUUUUAAUAAAGUGGGGUACAAAGAUGAGCCAUUUAUUUUAGCAUCACAAGCUCAACAAAUAUUUUAUGUUACUGAUCCGGUUGAUGUGAAUUGGUCAAUUGUGUUGUUGACCAAUAAAAUAAACGAUCCUUCCAAUGAUGAUAUAGAAGAUGAAUAUACAAAUAUUGAAGAUGAUCCUUUGUAUCAAAUAUCAUAUGAUGACGAUCCAAUAACAGAUGAUAUCUUGUAUAGGAGAGAGGAUCAUAAUGAAGGAAUUUGGAUAAAUCCAUCAUUUUAUGUCCAUAAGAAACCUAAGUCUUUAAACUUCAUAUCAAAGAAGAAAAGGUUGGAUUUAUAA